GCGCGAGUCACGCUCGUUUUCAUACUCGUCCCGGUGCGAGCGGAGCGUUCGGUGACGGUUUCGCGCCUAACCACACACGCGGCGGUCACAUCGUGUGGUCUCGCUGGUCUCGCGCGAGUCAUGACGCGCGGCGGUGACGGCGGUGGCUCGGGGUCCACGGCCAAUUAGAUGCGUACUUAGACCCGUCCCGAUAUAUAUAUAUAUAUAAAUUAUAUAUAUUGUAUAUUGACGCGUAAGAGUGUGUUGCGGUGCCCACUCGUGUAUGUGCGUAAAAUAGUGUGCGACGGUUUUGUGUUUGGUGGCGGCGGCGGCGGCGGCGGAAACGACGAAAAAUAUUAUUGUUGUAUAAUAUAGGCACACGUGUGUUGACGAUUUUUCGGAAUAGCGACUCUAUACACCGAGUAACAACUUCUUACGUACCAUAUAUAUAUAUAUAUAUAUAUAGAGAGAGAAAAAGAUGAACUGGACGACAAUGGUUGCGUUGGUAAACGGUACGGCCGACUACGAGGACCCGAUGGGCACGGAGGAGGCGGUCCCCUGCCGGUCAACUUUCGGUGACCGGUUCCCGCUGUCAGCGGUGCUGAUGGUGUUCUGCAUGGUGACCGUGUUCGGCAACUGUCUGGUCAUCAUCGCUGUGGUCCGGGAGCGGUAUCUGCACACGGCGACCAAUUACUUCAUCACGUCUCUGGCUUUCGCUGACUUCCUGGUCGGGCUUGUGGUGAUGCCGGUGAGCGCCGUGCAGGAAGUACUCGACCACUACUGGACGUUCGGCAUAAACGCGUGCGACGUCUGGCGGUCGCUGGACGUGUUGUUCAGCACAGCGUCCAUACUGAACCUGUGCGUGAUAUCGCUGGACCGGUACUGGGCCAUCACCGAUCCGUUCACGUACCCGACGAAAAUGAGCCGGAAGCGGGCGUACCGGCUGAUCGCCGCCGUGUGGGUGUGUAGUGGCGUCAUCAGCUUCCCGGCCAUCAUAUGGUGGCGGCUGGUCCGCACCGAACCCGUUCCCAGCAACACGUGCCCGUUCACAAACAGCACCGGUUACCUGAUAUUCUCGUCCACCAUAUCGUUUUACGUGCCACUGCUGGUCAUGGUGUUCACGUAUUACAAGAUCUACACGGCAGCCGUCACGCAGACCCGGUGCCAGCGGCUGGGCACCAAAGUGCUGUCAUCCACCCCGUCGUCCGGUGGCGGUUCCGGAGGUGGUGGAGGUGGUGGCGGUGGAGGUGGCGGAGGUGGUGGUGGUGGAGCCGGCGGCGGUCGGAUGGAACUCACGCUCCGAAUACAUAGGGGCGGCGGGACUACCACGUCGGCGUCGGCAGCACACGGUGGUAGCGGAGGCUACACGCGAGCUCAUCAGCUGCAGAAAAACUUUUCCCUUAGUCGGAAGCUGAGCAAGCUGUCCCGCGAGAAGAAGGCAGCCAAAACGCUGGGCAUCGUCAUGGGCGUGUUCAUCGUCUGCUGGCUACCGUUUUUCGUCGUCAACCUGCUGUCCGGGUUCUGCGACGAGAGCUGCGUGUUCAAGGACCAACUUCUAUCGUCCGUGGUCGCCUGGCUCGGGUGGAUCAACAGUGGCAUGAACCCCGUGAUCUACGCCUGCUGGAGCAGAGAUUUCCGCAGGGCAUAUGGUCGGAUAUUGUGUGUAUGUUGUCCUAGAAAGGUACGAAGAAAAUAUCGAAGACCUCUACGGUACAGGUCAAGUCAAUACAUGGGAGCGUCUAUGGUAUUAGCUCCGGCCACGGUCACAUACGCCACUGUCAACCAACAAGACAUGUUCAACAUCUGAGUAAACCUUGACAACUUAAAAUAAUUCAUUGUAUGAGCGAGAAAACGCUCAAGGAAGAUUCACAUCGAGAUAUCAAUCAUAUAAGUAUAAUGUUGUGUCGUUUUAUUUAUUUUAAAAUUAUUAUUUAUCUUCUAUAAGACCUAACUCGUACGAUUGGCUACGUCCUACGUGCUAAAUGUUUAUUGUUAUAAUGAUAUUUCUUAAUUAUAUCUUUUAAAGCAAACUAUCGGUGGACAGCGAUUUGUUCCGUGAAAGGGUUGAGACAGCCCCUCGGAUGGGGUGAAGUAUAAUAAUAAGUCAAUCGCCUCUAUAAUCCUCCUAUUUUUAUUUGACAUUAUUAUACACUAGUUGAAUAAAAUAAUAAAUGCUCACUUAGAUGUCAUCCGUCAUGUUAUUCAUUAUUAUUAUUGAAAUGUUAUAAUUAUUUUUUAAGUUAAUAAUUAGAAUAGACUGAUACUAUGUAUAUUUUAUAAAUUACUUAACUACCCGGAAAAUAUAUGUUUACCUUUUCGGUCAUAUCAUGCGCGUAUAAGGAUAAACAUGGUAAAUAAUAUUUUACCUAGGUAUGAGCAUGACAUUCAUUUUCCCCUAUUUUUAUUCUUUUUCGGUAAAACUGUAUUCCAAAAUGUAUUUUAAUAUUAUUGUAUUUAAUAUUUAUGUAAAAAGUAUUUUAAAAAUAUAUUGUAAAUACUAAUUUAAAAUUUAAAGUUACAGGGAUUUAUCCAAGUUUUUCUAUGCUCUUCAUUUUUUUAAUAUCUGCAAAAAACAAUAGGAGUUAUUAAGGAGUUUACAAUUAUAAUUUAAUACCAUACAAUUAUAAAAACUAAAUUCAUAAGAUAUCCCGUCUCCAAUAAAAAUUAAGUAAAUUAUAAUAUAAAUAUAUAAAUUGAAAAUAUUUUAAUAAUAAAAUUGUGAUAGAAAAUUCUUCUCAUUAUCAUUUAAGAACUCAUCACCAUUUAUCGUCUUCAUUAAAAUGUAUGAAUAUUUUCUAUCAAGGUAAUACGCGGUAUAUUAAUAUUACAUAUUUACUAAAAUAGCCGAUUUCUCAGAUAUUUAAAAUCAUAUUUUAGUUUUUAAUCGUUGUUAGGUAUAUACAAACUAAAAACUAUAUUCAUGUUUUCAUGAUUUAAAACAUUGUGUUACUUGAAUUAAAUAUUCAUAAUUCAUAUAAGUGUGUGUACACUAUACGUAUGAGUGUAAUUGUGUGUGUGUGCGCGCGCGUGAGAGAAUAUAUUUUUUCAACAAAAAAAUUUUUAAAACAUUUCACUUCUUAAGCUUUUCAUGCUAGCUAAUUUUAUACAAAUCUAUAAGUAGAUACCUACUGCUAAAUAUUUUUAACAAAUAUAUUUUGGUGUAGGUACAUCAGAUUAAGUUAGGUACGGUUUUACCAGUUAUUCCCAUUAUACCUAGGUAUAAACUAAAAACUAUAUAAAAAAUGUAGGUACUAGCAUUAGUACUAAGUAUUUCAAGUAAUAAGCUAACGUGCCAUAUACCAGCAGGCUAUAUGGAGACGGAUUAUAAUUUUAAAUUUAGAUCAAAAGUAAACUGAAAAGUCAUAUUCAUAAUACCUUAGACAUAAGUCUUACCUACCAAUUUCAUAAGAUAAUAUUAAAAAUUACUAAGAUCGAUAAAAUUUUAAUUUUGGUUUUAAAAUAAAUAUCUUUAAAAACAUAGAAGUAUUGGAUAAAUCUCUGGUAUUAAUAAUAUAAGCAAUAAGCUUUUGUAUUAAAGACGAAAGUAUACUCCAUAACCUUCAGGAAAUUAUACAUUACUUUUUCAAUGUGAUUUUUUAUUAUUUCGGAGAUACAUUAAUAGUAUUAACCCUAUAAUAUCUGUCUUUUAUUUUUUUUAAUCAAAUCAUUCAGGUGACUGUUUUAUUUCCACAUAAAAGUGUUUAAUGAUUUAGCAAUAAUCGUGUAUGAAUGAAAUAGGUUUGUAGCAAAAAUCUUAAAAUCCGUUGUAACUACCUACCUAUAUAAUAUUAGGCAACAACUAGCUAAUCAAAGAGAAGCAUAUUAUUAUAAUCAUUCUGUAUUUUUUAUAGAACCCAGUUUUAUUUUGCUUUAAAAACUUUAAUUAAAAAUUAAAUAAUUAUAUCGUAAUUAUUUUUUAUUUUAUUCAAAACGGACUUUAGUAAUAACCCAUAACUUUAUGUGUUUAAAUAUAUUCUAAUAUAACUAGACUAUAGGGUUUUCAACAAUAGCAACGUUUUUAGAACUAUAGUUAAUUAUUAUACUAGUUUAUAAUAAAUAUGAUUUAUAUAAAAACAAAUUAAUUUAAUUUAAAAAUAUCAAUUGUAAUGGUUGUUUUAUGUAAGUAAUAUUUUUUUUUAACAAUAUUUUUAGAGAAGAAUUCAUUACUUCUCAUAAAAUCUAGUCAUAUUUUUACCAAUACAUUACCAUAUUGAUAUUUGUUACUCUUUUUUAAUCAAUUUGAAGUAAUCGCAUGUACCACACUAUUAUAGUAUUAUAAACUACAUACGUAUAAACUAUAUAUAAAUAUGUAUAA